GGGAGAAAUAGAGGAGAAAGGGCUGGAUGGGAGAGAUAGACAGUGGGAGGGAUACAGGCGGCUGAUAAAGAAACGCACUGAGCUCAAGAGUGGGAGAGCGGAGGCUCUGCACACGGGAAUAAAAGGUCUGGAUAUAAAUGCUCCAUCCACUGACGGGAGAAUUAUAGCUGAAGACGGAGACAGAGGGGGAAAACGCGGAGACGAUGGAUGUACAAAUGGAGAACACGGAACCCCCGCCUGGUGAAUCACAGCCAAGUGGGAAAAUCAGAAAAGGAUUCAAGCUGUUCGGCAAACGCAAGCCAGGUAACAUCUUUUCUAUUCGAAGCAAAGGAGAUGGAAACAACAAGUCGCCUGUUAUCAGGAGCAGGACCAUGGAUGGAUUAUCGGACACUCCUGCACAAGAUUCGGAGCAGGAGCCAGACAAGGAGAAGGAGCAGGAGGUGAGUCAAGGAGAGAGCGAGCAGGCUGAGGAGGAGCCACUUAGCGAUGAUGGCGUUCUGGCUGCCGCUCCCGCUCGCACCUCCAUUUCCUCUGCCAGCUCGGCCAAGUCUCUCAGCUUCCUGUCGCUACUGAGAGGCGGCCGAAGAGGAGUGGGUGAUCGCAGAGUCCAGACCGUCUCGCAGCCCGUGGGGCGACAGCGCCGUGGGCUCAAGGGUCUUUUUGGCAGUGUUAAGUUUCGAUCGAAAGACAAAGACGACAGGAAGGAAGCUCCUCCGAGCCCACUUCUCAUGUCCUCACGUGCCAACAGCGUGGAAAUCAUCAAGGAGGACCUCACCCUCACACCCAAAUCCCAGCCUCGCUCUCUGGACAGUCCAGACACAGAGACCUGUGAACCUUUCAGGAGCUUAACGGCUCAAGACAGUGCAGCCACGUCCCCGUCAAAGACUCCAGUGACGCCAGGCGAUGUGAGUAAAACUACUGAGCACGUAACACCUCUGUCCACACCUGAACCUCCGUUGGUACCCGGCGAUACAAGCCUGAGCUCCUUGCUCGCAGACAUCUCCUCUCUCCUGACCUUUGACUCAAUAACCGGGGGAGACAUCAUGGCCGAUGUGGAAGCAGAGUGGGGGAAAGCCAGCAGCGCCGCCAGCGCCGCAGUGACUGAAGUCACGCCGACAUUUACGUCUGUCUUCUCCAAACCCACCGUUCCCCCACAGCUGACUUCCACGUUUGUCAGCACGGCUGUUCCUGUGAAACCCUCGCCUGUAGCCAUCCCCACAGCGGCUUCACCCAAACCCCUCACGCCUCCGAUGAAGACAACUUCCGUCUCGUCUCCCAUUUCCAAGCCGAGCUCCAUCAUCACAACUUUCACCAAAUCUUCCACUUUGACCACUCAGUCUGUCAAGCUGAGUUCGGACUCUACUCCAACCUCUGAGCUGACUGCCAACAUCAAAAUAUCAUCAACUCCUGCGCCUGCUGCAAUCAAACCCUCAAAUGCGCCUGCAACAUUAACAGGCUUUUCAUCUCCUUUAACUUCUUCAUCGACGGCGAUUAAAUCUGUACAGAGCACCACCUCAACAGUUGCCCCAGGUCCUUCGACAACCCCAUCUACUGUAGCCAAGGCUCCCUUAGUCAGCCCAGUUCUCACUGCCACCGCUGCCAAACUGGCUUCAGAGACUGCAGUACCUCCAAAAAUGAAUGCUUCCGUAAGUACACCCAGUUCUGUAGCCACUUCAUCCUCUCCAUCAGAUAAACCUGCACCUGUCACCCGCAGCCCUCCCAUCUCUGUCGCCCCUACACAACCACCACCUGAUAAACUGGAUUUGGCAAGCAGUUUGAACCUGCAAACAUCCACCUCUGACAAAUCCAGAGGUGUAGCUGGAGGAGAUUCUAAAGCGGUGAUCGUAACAUCAGCCUGUUCAGUUACAACCAAACCGUCCUCUCCUGCAUUGGCUUCUGUCUCUAAGACGACAACACUUAGCACGUCAGCUGCAGUCUCCAGCUCGGUGUCUGCAACCACAUCCAAGCCGAUGCCAACUUCUUCCCCAAUGGAUCUAAGCAAAACCCGUUCCUCACAUGUUCCGGAGGUUUCUCCCUCCUCUACUGUGCCUGUCAUACCUAAAACUCUUCCGGGCCCUGCAUCUUUUCCAAUAUCAUCUGCAGUUUCUUUAGAUAAGGCCUCUCUCACAACUAAACCCACCUCUGUGCCGUCUUCUUCUGAUAAGAUCCCCCCUACCCCUGAGCCAAUUUCAGCCCCCGCCACUCGAGUUGCCGUUUCCUCAGCUUCACCGACACCUGCUGCUCUUAGUCAGGUCCCAGUAGCUCAAUCUAAAUCCCCUGCUGUGUCCACUCCUAUCCCCGUCUCUGUAUGUAAAGAUCUGCCUGCUUCUGCUCCAAUGCAAGACACUCAACCUAAAACCUCUCCCUCCCCGGCCCAAGUCCCAGUUUCUGUAACUAAAGAUUCAACUGCUCCUGUUCAAAUGCAAGUUUCUCAGUCUAAACCGCCCCAUUCCCCAGUACAGAUCCCUGUUUCUGUUCUGAAAGCUCAUCCUUUCACUGCUGUUACCCCAGCUCCAGUAGCUACAGACGCUCCUGCUUCCGCUUCUGUGCCAAUUCCAGUAUCUAAAGACAUUCCUGCCCCUGCUCAGAUCCCAGCUUCUCAAUCUAAAGCACCUUCUGCACUUGUCACCAUGCCUUGCCCAGUCACUUCUCCUCUUUCUACCCCUGCGCCCGGACCGGCUCCUCCCAACAGCACGGGUGCACAUGGAGUCCAAUCACCUCCGUUCAAAACAGAAGAACAGCCUAACGAGACACAAAGGAACCUCCAGGGGCCAUCCAAAGAAAAGAAGACUGCACAACCAAGGCCGUCGGGGCUGAGCAAGAUACCUGUUGUUGGGGGAAGUAGAGUGGGCAAGCUGCCUGUACGGGACAGCCAGCAUGCUGACGAAGAGCCCAUCAGGGACCCGCCAACUCCUGUGCUGGAGGAGGAGAAGCCCGAUUUCAACUCACAUGAUGCAGGGAGCAAAGAGAAGCAUAGUGCUGUUGAAGCAAAAUCGCCUCCAUCAAAACACAGCCCGGAGGAGAGUCCGCAACAACCGAAAGUCUCCACCGCUUCAGGACGUGACUCAAAGAUCCCUGUGAAACACGGCGCACAGUCUCAUACAGCCUCCCAAAUUCCUCAGUCGAAGGAGCCCCCUCGUACCAAGAUCCCAGUGUCCAAGGUUCCUGUCCGCAGGGCUGGUAAUAAACCUGCAUCUACAGGCAGUUCUCAGAUAAGAAAAUAAUUGGACUGAAUCAAUCAAUUCCACGGAUAAAGAGUCAGACUGCAGCUUUUUUUUCCCCUUCUAUACUGCAAUUUUACAGCUCACGUUUCUAUACAGCAACUCUUGGCUUGUUUAUCUCUCAUCUCUUGGCUUCACUACCAUGUAGGCGACAGUAACAGAGUCGAGGAGGCUGUCAGCACUCAAGCACAAAACAUCCCUGGGGGAGCCACAGUAACAACUCGGGCUCUCUGGUGCUCGGCUAACUGGAUGUGUUCUCAGGAAAGGUUCGGGGCCACACCUGAACACACAGCAGCAUCAGUGACUGAGGAUAAGCAAGA